GUCCCUUUCCCACGCCCACCGUCCAUACUUAAAGCGACCCAUGUCCCCUGCUUCCCGCAUGGCAUGGUCGACCGUUGACAAACCCUUCCACUUCCACUACCUUACUACCUCACUACCUUACCCCCUUCCCCCUCCCACCUUCCCACACUCUUCUUUUUCUUCUCUCCACUGUCGCUCGCUCACAGUGCCACCACACACCGCCCGCCUACCAAGUUUUCACGCAAGACACGCCAGACACAGCCGAACCCGCCCGCCCAAAACAAAAAAUCCUCAAGGUACCUGACGCUUCCCGCACCGCGCAGUAGUCGUGCAAGGAGCAAGCAAUCGCAACCACACGUUUUGCCACUGCCAAAUAUAAUCAACCAAAAAGUGAAGCUAUUCACAACUCUCGUUACCUAUCCCACCGUCAAGUAACGCGUGCGUAACGGUCCUUUUCCACACGGCCCGAUUUCACUAUCUGUCGAGUCAAGCACCAUCAAAACUUAUCUCCACGUUUCUCACGUUACGCGACGCGACAAAGGGUAGAAAAAAAAACGCGAAAAAAUCGGGGUUCAUCGUUCCGCGCUACCCCAACCCCGAGUCCUUGCAACAUAUAGUUACUUCGAACGAGUUACUCAAUAAAAGACUCGACGUUUCAGUUUGUCCCACGACCUGAACGACUCGACGCUCUCUCUUCACCCAAACAUCCUGCCGACUCCACGCGCACCCUUCUCUCGUUAUCAGUCUACCGCCAAGCACUCGACGAGACCUAUAACCCGGCCAGACCCUUCCACACGCCCAAAAAAAAGUCCCUUGUCAAGUCGUCGACAAACACACCUCCUCCCAUCGCGACAGCUACAAGUCGCACGCGCGCGCAUUCCCGAAUAAAUAAUUAAAUAGUCGACGCUUCUUCUCACGACCCCCCUCUCCGCGCGCCUUGCUCCAUCUCUGCAAGCGCACGACGCGAGGACUCUAUCACCUGUCAAUGGUUGUUUUUGCUCAUUGAGAGUAAUUCGCAAUGGUGACUGACAAGUAUUAUUCACAGCAGCAUCAGCCGCACCACGCGCAGGGCCCGCCGCCGCAACAACUGCCGCACCAGCGCCCCUCAAGCGUCGUGCACCAGCAGCAGCAGCCGCCCGCGCCGCAGCAGCAGCAACAACAGCACUCCGGUGCCUACCAGCCCUCCCACGGCCUGCCGCAGCAGUACGGCCAGAACGGCACCGGCCAGGUUGCCCAGCACCCGCAAGACGUGCCCUACUACACUCACGCGAGCCCAUACAGCACGCCCAGCGCGACAGGCACCUAUACCUCCGCAGGUGAGUUUGCGAGAGAUCCCACGGCGCCGCCUGCGCAACAACAGCAGCGACUGACGAGCGCAGCGGCAGACACGCCCGACAUCAUCGCAGCCGCAGGCAUGGCGCGCCCUCUCUACCCCCCGAUCUACCACACCCCUCAAUCGAACUCGCCCGCGUCCGUAGCAUCACCAUCGGGCCACGACCAGCACGGUCGCCAAAUCUACUCCCAGCCUCCCUCGCAGAUGCAGCAGCAGCAACCAAUGUACUACCCACCACCACCCCAAACAUACCCGCCCAUGCCGCAGCAGGGUAACCCCUCGCCGUACGGUCAGCAGCAACCACAGCAUCACCAGGGAAUGGGCCCGCAGUCGAAUCUGCUCAUGUCACACCCACAGGCGCAGCACCAGAUGCAGCACCCCGGCCAGCACCCACAGCAGAUGACCAGCAGCCCGCGCGUCACCAAGAUGGAGCACCCACCCCAACAACAACAGCAGCGCGCCGCCCCAGCACCCCCACAGGGCCAAGCACAACCCCCACACACACACCAGCACAUCCCGCCUGCCACCAACGGCGCACCACCUCUCCCAGGGACCGGCGUCAACCCCUCCGCAGCUCCUGGGCCAAUCCCAGCCACAACCCCUCUCGUCGUCCGCCAGGACGGCAACGGCGUCCAAUGGAUCGCCUUUGAGUACUCGCGGGACCGCGUCAAGAUGGAGUACACCAUCCGGUGCGACGUCGAGUCCGUAGCCGUCGACUCGCUUGCCCCCGAAUUCAAGACCGAGAACUGUGUCUACCCCCGCGCCUGCUGCUCCAAGGACCAGUACCGUGGCAACCGCCUCGUCUACGAGAGCGAGUGCAACACUGUCGGCUGGGCCCUCGCCGAGCUGAACCCCUGCCUGAGGGGGAAGCGCGGUCUCAUCCAGCGCGCCGUCGACUCGUGGCGAAACAGCAACCAGGACCCGCGCCUGCGCUCGCGCCGCGUCCGCCGCAUGGCGAAGAUCAACUCCCGCAAGCUCGUGCACGCGGCACCGCUCGGCCUGCCGCCGGGAGCACCACCGGGACCGCUACCGGUUCAGCAGCAACAACAGCAGCAACAGGGGAAGAUGGGCGCGCAGAUGCAUCAUCAUCACCAAGCGCAUGCCGAUGGAGCAGCGGCGCCGAAUGGCGAUGACGGAAGUGGCCCUCCCUCCCCCAACAACGUCGUCGACGACAUGUCCAUGUCCAUCGACCCGGCCUCCAAUUACCCCCCACGGAACCCAGCAUUACCGGCAUCAUCGACAGCAACAACGACAACAACAACCCUCCCCAUCCACCCCCCCGCCACCGCUAACACCACCAUCACCGCCCCCCCACCUCCCCCCUCCGAACCCCUCAACCCCUCCCUCUUUCCCCCCAUCCUCCCCCCCGGCAAAUCCCCCAAAUACCUCCACAUCCCCAUCUCCACCGCCACCAAAUCCCCUUCCUCCACCCCUUCCACAUCCACCGCCCUCACCACCACACACGCCUCGAGCUCAGCUGGUGUGGGUGGUGCGAGUGGGACAGGCGGGGGGUUGGCGCCAAAACACAAAAUCCGCGCUGACCUCGCCAGCGUCCGCGUGUCUGAGAUCCCGGACAGUGUCCGUAAAGCCGCGAGCGUGUUCGUGCGCAGCUGGCGCGCGGUGUGGGAGAAGCCUGUGGGCGAGGAUGGGGAGGAUGAGGAGGAUGUUGGGAAAGGGGUCGGUGUUAGGGUCCUUGCGUGGCCGGGGUUGAGGGCUAGUGAGGGUGCCAGGGGGGGGAUGGGGAUGGGGAUGGAGGUUGUGAUUCCGAGGAUGGGGAGGGCGAGGAGGGCGAGGGAGAGGGGGCUGAAUGAGUUGGCGUGGAGGUUGGCGUGGGUGGGGACGAAGAGGGUGGGGGGACGGAAGGUGCUGCUGCAGAGAUGUUUGGAUGUGUAUCGCACGAAGAUCCGAAAAGCGCUUGAGGUCGUGGAGGGCGGGGAGAGGUUCGAGGUGUUUGAGUUGAGGGCUGGGAAGAGGGUUUGGGGGGAGAGGAUGGCGAGGGGGAGAAAUGGGGGUCGGGAGGAGGAGGUUUGAUGGGGGGUGCUGAGGUGUUUGCUAGUAUUCUUUCGUUAGAUUGUGAUUUCUUGGUUGAGUUAUUGGGGUCUUGGUUUCUAGCUUCCCCGUUUUUGUUUAGCUUCUGUCGGUUUCUUUGGAUAGAGCGUUGGGGGGGUUUUUGGGGGCGAAGGGACGGGAUGGGAUGGAAGGGGAUGGUGUUUUACUUCUUGGUGGGAGCAUUUGUCGGAUGGAUUUACUUGUUUAUUGGUUUUUAUCUUUACUUAUUCUUGGGUGAAUGAUCUGGAAAAAAACUUAUCUCAAUUCAGUUAUGUAUGUCAAAAAUAAC